GCGGGCUCCAGCCUCGACCCUCGCGGCGAGCUGGCGCGGCGCGCCUACUCCGGCCGCGCCACCUACUACGCUGCGGGCCUCGGAGCCUGCGGCACGGUCAACAAAGCAAGCGACGCAAUAAUUGCGAUGAAUUCGGCACAGUUCAGCGGCUCGUGCUACCGGACCAUCACGAUUGGCUACGGCGGCAAGACGGCGACGGCCACCGUCACGGACCUGUGUCCUGGCUGCCCGUACGGCGCCAUCGACAUGUCGCAGGGUCUCUUUGAGUACUUUGCAGACACGAGUCUUGGCGUGAUCCAGGUGCAGUGG